GGAAUCGGACGCGGCGCCGCUGCACUGUAAACAAAGGCGACGUCAUGGCCUCCAGCGCCGCCGACCUGGCCCUCGACAAAAAGGAAUUCACUCCCACCAUCAGCACCAUGCCGCCCCGGCCUGAGGUGACGUACAACUGGGUAAACAUCACCUCAGACUUUUUCCAUGCCACUAAAGACCUAGAGUUGGGGGAGCUCUUACACGAUGAUGUAUUUGGGCUGUUCGAAGCCAUGUCAGCUAUUGAAAUGAUGGACCCAAAGAUGGAUGCUGGCAUGAUGUGUAACAGAGGCAAGAAGGUCCUGAAUUUUGACCAGGCUGUCAAGGCUGGUGCCUUGAAGUUGAAUAAUCUUACCAUGGAGGAGCUGGUGGGCAUAAUGGACUCCAUGUUUGCUUGCCUGGUCACAUGGCUGGAAGGACAUUCAGCUGCCCAGACCAUCCUCACCUGCCUCUACCUCCACAAGCCCCUCAGCAUUGAAGACCGGGCCCUGAGAGCCUUUUCCAUACAAACCCUCAAACUCAUUGCGAUCAUUAAUAACAUCGUACACAGUGCCGGUGUGUUUGAAGAGGAGGAUUUCCAACCUGCCUUAUAUGGCUACAGUGUUUGUUCUGAGGUGACAGAGGUACGUGCUGGCGGAAUGAUGCGCGAGGUGGAGGAAGAACUACAGAGAGCUGUGAAGGCCUCUAGAAACAGACAAGGGGAGCCUUGGGAUACCAAAAUGCAGAAACAGCAUGAGGAUGCAGUCGCUCUCUUCUCAAGAAUCAGGUUCAUGAGACUGUUCUACGCAGCUCUAGCAGCUCUCAUGCGAAGAGAACAAGCCUCUAUACCAGAAUCAGAGCGAUACCUAGCAUCAUGCACGGAGCUGGUUUGCAUAAUGCAGAACACAAUUGGACGCGGCCUGAAACCCAAACAUCAUAAAGACGAGGAGGGGAAUAAGGGUAAGGCCCGAGUGGAUUAUCCAGUCAUCAUGGGUUUUGAGCCUCUUGUCAAUCAGCGCCUUCUACCUCCUACUUUCCCACGCUACACGAGAUUACGAACACGCAAGGAAGCAAUGCAUUACCUUGAGGAGAUGGUGGGACGCCUUCGCCAUAUCACCAAGAUCACUCACUGCACAGGUUUUCAUUCUGCUCUGGAAUUCAUUGAGAACUUCUCCGAGACACGACCUUGUGUUUUGUCGAGAUCAUUGGCUCAGGUCCUCUACCUCGGGGGUGGGGACAAGCUGUGGGGAGGACAGACCAUGGCAGAAGCUCUGAGGGAAGCUGCUCGAGGGUUCAUAUGCCCACCUGCAUUACUACCAAAGGCGCCUGUAAUGAACAAUGUACAGGCAAAAGAAUAUGUCAGCUCUUUUUUCAACCGUUGUGUAAGACCCUUUGAGCAACUUAUCCAGACAUGUGGGCACAACCGUGCACGUCAGAGAGACAAAGUUGCACACUUACUGGAGGAAUUUGCAAUGCUACAAGAUGAGGCAGACAAAGUGGAUGCAUAUCUUCACAAUGUUCUCUUGAAGAGUGACCAGCCACGCCCUCACUUGGCGUACCUUGGCACCUGGGUCCUCUACCACACUUUACGACUCAUGAUAAAGUACCUGCUGACGGGAUUCACACUAGAGCUGUAUGCUGUGCAUGAAUAUCAUUAUGUCUACUGGUACCUGUAUGAGUUUGUGUACGUGUGGCUCGUGAGUGCCCUCUCCCGUGCAGACGCCAUGCUGCUGGAGCAAGAUGGCUACGAGACCAAUAAAGGAAAGAGUGGACGUUCUUCGAAGAACAAGAACAGGAAUAAGAAGAAGCACCGACCUUAUGGCAAGGAAAUCACCUACUACCAGGCACUCCAGCAUCUCUGUGGGGGAUACUACAAGGCCAUGGUGGGCCUACGAGAAGCAGGGAAAGUCAAGUUACCCAUACAGGAAUUUGACAACGAACAAGUCCGCUAUGAGCACCGGUUCCUGCCCUUCAGUGUUGUCAUGACACCUCCCCCAGUGCAUUAUGACCAGUUCCUUUCCAUGACCGACCUGUCCAAUUUCCCACAGCCUGUGUCACCAGCCACUCUCUACCAUGAUGCAAGAAAUCAUUUCUUCAAGGCACGCACUCUGCUAGACACCAUACAUGCACCCAGCAAUGAGGUCCAGCAGCUCCUGAAGGUGGUAAAGACAAACUUUGUGGUGAUGAAGCUCCUGGAGGGUGGGCACAAGGCGGAUGACCCAACUCGACCCCAGUUUGACUUUACGACCCACCCAUGUUUCCCCAUCAUCAAAAUUUAGCAGAAGGUGCCCCGAAAGAGGGCUCCCAAGGAUCUACUUCCCAUUACCGAAAGUGAAGAAGCAAGAUAAAGGGACGGUACACUGAAAUAAGAAAUAAAACUGGGAGAGUCACAGCUACACACCCACAGUUUAUUACGUAAUGUCACUGGACUUCAGCAGCUGUAGUAAUCAAAGAAUGAUUGUCAUUAAGGCACAAGUUGAGAGAAAGGAAGGAAGAUAGCAGAUUACCAGAGUGAUAUGUAGCUCUUGAACCCACAUGAAAUACUCAUUAUUGUUUCACUCCAAUGAAAAGUAUAAGUCA